UUACCAAACAUAACUUCAGCAGAUUUAAUAUUAUUUACCACGUCCUAGUUUGCAGUAACACAGUUCUAUUUAAUCAAAAAUGUCAGAAAAGAAUGAGCAAAAGCCCAAAAUUUCCCAGCACGAAGGAAACUCAAUAAUCAAAUGGAAUCCCGAGCUCAGCUCUACCCGUAGAGCAAUGGCGAAACCCGAGAAACCCAAAUCCAAUUCAGUGAACCUCCCGCCAUCGUCCGGGUCGAAUCCGUCCAAAAUCCACCCGGCAGACGAACCGGAGAGCCCUCCCGACCCGAAUUCAUAUUCCCUGGAGAAAUUCCGCCUCUAUGAGACCCGCGCUUUUUAUCUAAAGUAUGCUAAUGAUCUGUCUCUGGUUUAUCUUGGAGUUGCUCAUAGAUGGUUAGAACAUUAUGCCAGCUUGAUUUGUUUACUUCUAUGCAUGAACAGCCCUUUUAUGUUUGUAACGUGGCCUCAUGCUACCUUGAUUUUUUUCCAGAGGUUUUACCUGAUCGGAAGUGAUAGGAACAAGAAGUUCUUCCGGGUUUUAAAGAUCGAUAGAAUGGAACCUUCCGAUUUGAAUAUAAACGAAGACCCCGUGGUUUAUCCACCGCAAGAAGUUAAGAGCUUGCUCCAGAGGAUUGCCGAGGGCAAUCGUGCUACGGGAGGCUUAAAUUUCGUGGCCAAGGUCUACGGCAUUGUUGGCUGCAUCAAAUUCUUGGAGUCGUACUAUCUGAUACUGGUGACAAAACGGCGGCAGAUUGGCUGCAUUUGUGGUCAUGCGAUAUAUAGUAUAGACGAGAGCCAAAUAAUCACCAUCCCACAUGUUUCAGUUCAAACUGAUAUUGCUCAUUCUAAAACUGAGCUAAGGUACAGGAAGCUUUUAUCCAGUGUCGACUUGACGAAUGAUUUUUUCUAUAGCUAUACUUAUCCUAUAAUGCAAAGCUUACUGAAGAAUGUGUUAUCGAUGGGUGAAGAAGGGAUGCCAUAUGAUAAUAUGUUUGUUUGGAAUGCAUUUCUAACACAAUCAAUUCGGUUAAGAUGCAAGAACACCAUUUGGACGAUUGCUCUUGUUCACGGGAAUUUCAAACAGGUUAGACUAUCAAUUUUUGGAAGAGAUUUUAGUGUUUCUUUGGUCUCGAGACGCUCUCGCCAUUUUGCUGGAACACGUUACCUUAAGCGAGGAGUUAAUGAUCACGGGCGGGUAGCCAAUGAUGUGGAGACAGAGCAAAUAGUUAUCGAUGAAGAAGCUGGGUCAUGCAAAGGAAAGAUGAGUUCUGUUGUACAAAUGAGGGGUUCCAUUCCCCUUUUCUGGUCACAAGAAGCCUCAAGAUUCAGCCCUAAACCUGAUAUUAUAUUGCAAAGAUAUGAUCCUACAUAUGAGGCGACCAAACUGCAUUUUGAAGACCUGGAAAAAAGAUAUGGCAACCCAAUUAUUGUUCUUAAUCUAAUUAAGACUGUCGAAAAAAGGCCACGAGAAAUGAUGCUGAGGCGUGAGUUUGCAAAUGCAGUGGGGUAUCUAAACCAGAUACUUCCAGAAGAAGAACAUCUCAAAUUUAUUCAUUGGGACUUCCACAAGUUUGCAAAGAGCAAGUCUGCCAAUGUAUUGGCAGUCUUGGGUGGAGUUGCAAGUCAAGCACUUGAUUUAACAGGAUUUUAUUAUAGCGGAAAACCUUUGGUUGUUAAAAGAAGGGAUUCACAACUAACUCGUACUAGCACUGGGAGGGAAUCUUCUCUUCGAGAUUUAAGAUCUAAUUCAGUUGAGCUAUCAAGAGUUGGUGGUGGCACUGAUACCUCAACCAAGCAAGAUAAAGUGUUCGAAAGUAAACAACAGAGCCAAAAGGACAUCAACGGUAAUUCAGAGCCGAGAUUUCAAAGCGGGGUUCUGCGUACAAACUGCAUCGACUGCUUGGAUAGGACAAAUGUUGCCCAAUACGCUUAUGGCCUUGCAGCUCUUGGCCGCCAGCUACAUGCAUUGGGCUUGACAGAUAUUCCAAAAGUGGAUCCUGAUAGUAGCAUUGCAGCUGCUCUUAUGGACAUGUACCAGAGCAUGGGUGAUGCCUUGGCUCAGCAGUAUGGUGGCUCCGCUGCACACAAUACUGUGUUUCCUGAGAGACAAGGGAAAUGGAAAGCUACGACCCAAUCUAGGGAGUUUCUGAACUCUAUAAAGAGAUAUUACAGUAACACUUAUACGGAUGGUGAAAAGCAGGAUGCAAUUAACUUAUUCUUGGGAUACUUCCAGCCCCAGGAAGGCAAACCUGCAUUGUGGGAGUUGGAUUCUGAUUAUUACCUUCAUGUAUCAGGGAUUGGAGAUGAUCUUCUGCCCGAUAGUUGCACCGUAGAAAAUGGUUGUCAAGUGGAACAUUUGGGUGACAGUCCUUUCGAUGAUGUUAAGCCUUCGGAAAAAAGAGUUCCUUUGGCUCCAAUUCCAGCUUGUAGGGAGGACUUUUCGCGCAUGAAGUUGACAUCGUUUGAUAAGCUGAUAGAAAGAACAUGCAGUUGGAUCAAGAAUGUACGACUUUCCAGUGACCUGGAUCAGAAAUCGUCUGGAAGCUUUGGUGUCGCACCAGAUGCAGCCGAAAUACAGCUCAAGAGUCCGAAUUGGCUUUUUGGCCAGAGAAAAUACGAGGAUCCUAGCUCGGCUCCAAAGCUGACUUCUGAUGAAGUUGCAAAUGGGAAUACUGAUAACGAGAAUACAAUUGACAGAUUAUGUGACCUUAAUUUGUUCUCGCCUGUUGUCGAGAGCAAUGAAGAAGAUGUCUUCCAACAAUACCUAGCCAUGACAACAGUCGACGAGACUAACGGGUGGUAUGGUGGCACACUGCUGGGUGAUCAAGACGAUAGCAGUGAGAUUUAUCAGCAUUAUGCAGAACUUAUUCAGGGGCCCACGAUGGAACCCUUUGAGAACGACAGUGAGAAGGAGAAAUACUAUGCAGAUCUCGUUAGUGUGAACAAGUUCGACUUCACCGACGAUACUGUUACAGAGGCAGAAAUGGAAGGCGCUCUAAACGCGUAUGCCCGAGCAGGUGCCGAUCUUGGAAUAUUCCCAAAGUCAUGCAACACACAGAUUCUUGACCCGAGCCAACUGACGAGAUGGAUUCUUGGUGAAGAUAGGCUACACAAGCUAUGAAAAGCCUGUAAUUCUUGCUCACCCCUUAAACAAAAGGAAAAAAAAAAAUGUGCCUAUGUGUAUAUAUUGGAUGAUGAUGGUCAUGAGGUGGGCAAUUUGGGUAUUCUUUUGCAUAUUGAUGCUAUAAAAACUUUGAGAUGUGAAAUAGUAUAAAAAUUGUAAAUUUGGUGUUUUUCAUUUGUCUUAUAUAUUUUGAAUUUAAAUUGUGAAUAAUUUUGUGCAUAGUGGCAACUUGGUAUGUCAUUUGAUGUGGAGUAAUUGUAAACAAAAGUAAUAUAUUCUAAACCUGAUUAUAAGCUGAAUAU